UCUCUUUCCUGGCAUCAGCAGUAGGGAAGAGCAGAAAGCUGUCUAUGUAUGUGCGCGUGUAUGUGUCUGGCUGCAGUGUCGUAGGCACAGGAAGGCUGGAGCCGUGGCAAAAUCCCACCGGAGAUUAGAGCUGGAUAACACGCUAGUCCGGACUCUUUACAAAUGGCAGCCCUAGGAGAGAGCAUCAGACAGGCAACACAAACAAAAAACACAACCAGCCAGAAUAAGGAACGGCUGAAAUUUGUCUCGUGGAAGAACUGCACAUUGUAAAUUUUUUGCCGUCUUCUUUUUCUCUUUCUGUCUGUCUUCGACAAGCUCACUCCUCCCUCCCUCCAUCCCUCCCUCCCUCCCUCCCUCUCUCUCUCGCUCUCCCGCUCUCUCUCUCUCUCUCUCUCUCUCUCUCUCUCUCUCUCUCUCUCUCUCUCUCUCUCUCUCUCUCUCUCUCUCUCUCUCUCUCUCUCUCUCUCUCUCUCUCUCUCUCUCUCAUUCUCUCAUACGCUCUCGCAGUGGUGGAAUGUAGAUGGGGUCGCGUGUACGCUUGCUGCUCCACACGAUAUCAACGGCUUGCUGUUUGGCGACGGGUUUCUCAGCCACAAGAAGGGAUUUACACCACUAACGGAUUUGACAAUAACAAUAUCCACCUGCAUCCUUCAGGAUCCUGCAUUCCCUGGGAAACUGAUACCUCCCACUGUCUCUUCUGGGUCUGAGCUGGAGUAUCUUAGCCGGAGCUUGUGCGUGCGUUCCACAGAUCCCUACUCCCGUAAGGAUGUUAUAAAUCUGCAGGAGCUUCUGUCAUAGAAGGGGGUAUAUUGCAUCACGGUCAUUGCAGGGACCGGCUUUUUGGGAUGUGUAUAGCUGAGUCAGCAUUGCAAAUACAGAAACGCUAGUUCGGUCGAGAUCUUGAAAAGGAAUUAACAGGAUCGAAGGAGGGAGAGAGAAAAAUGGGAGCCAGUGCUUCAUGGGGUAACUUUUACCCAUCUGCUUGUGAUCUUGAUGAAAGGAGCUACGCCAUUGGAGAAUCAUUUUAAUCGUGGUAUCAUCUGCUAGAGAGGGAUUUGAUGCUCUGACAAGAGAAAGCGCUACUGCAACGAGAAAUCAUGCAGAUGAUUUCUCUCCUCCCGUUUCUUUCACAUCUUUUCUGAGCACCUUUAUUUGCUCAUUCUCUUGUCUAGCCGCGAUCUGGAAGUUGUCUUGGACAUAUUAGUGUGGAACUGGACUAAAGGACUGUCUUUGGAUUCUGAGUUUUCUACCUCCGGACUUUUGGGUGUAUGCGCAUGUCUGAUUGUGAGUUUGUGUGUUAGUUGGUGGCGGUGUGUGGAUGUGAUUCAGGGAAUGUCUGCCUUGGUGUGUUCGUAAGGAUUUUGCUGGCGUUCCGUCUUUAUUUGCUUUUUCAAUGUCCGGCAUUGCUGCCCGGCGUUUUGCCCCGUGUUGCCUAUGUCUGCUGAGCACCCGGCCCUGGGGUUAACCCUUUCUGUGCCACAGGCAAGAUGAGUGACAGCUCUGGAACACUGAACUCAGGGGCCAUGGUGCUGGAGGAGCCCGAGGGAAGGGUCUCCGGUGGACGCGAACAAGCCCAGGCCCCUGCUCGUGGUGGGCUCUUACGGUGUGGGCCCUGUGCCCUCUGGCCCCGCCAGCAGACCUGGCUGUGCGUUGUUCCACUUCUCAUUGGAUUUAUAGGCCUGGGGCUCAGCCUGAUGCUGCUGAAAUGGAUCGUAGUGGGUUCUGUGAGAGACUACGUGCCUACGGACUUGGUGGAUGCCAAGGGAAUUGGCCAAGACCCCAUCUUUCUGUCCAAACCAAGCACUUUUCCUAAGGGAUCUGACACCACCACAACCACCACUACUAUUGGAGUAAUUAGCUCCUUCAGCCCCACCGUCACCACAGUGGUGCGGGGCAGAACUCGAACAGGAACUCCCCCAAACAUUCCACCUAGAGGUGGCGGAGCAUCCGGCAGCCAGGUGACCCAGAAGAGCCCAUCUACGCGCUUUGUGACGCACCAUCCCACCCUUACUACCACCUUGUCCACCAUGUCUACUGUCCAAACAUCCACCUCUACCCCUUCUCCUUCCAACCCCACUGUUCUAAAUGACUCCACCCAAAUGUGGACGAGGGAGCAGUCGUCCACCGAGAGGCACGUGUCCACGCCUGGUCGAACCCAUGUCAUCCGAAAGACACCAUCGCCGACUCUUCCGCCUUUGAAAUCUGAGCAUUUCAAGCCGUGUCAGGAGAAGGAUCUGGCCUAUUGCCUGAAUGACGGCGAGUGCUUUGUCAUCGAGACCCUGAGCGGCCCACACAAACACUGCAGGUGUAAAGAGGGCUUCCAGGGUAUUCGCUGUGACCAGUUUCUGCCCAAGACCGACUCCAUUCUGUCUGACCCAAUGGAUCACUUGGGCAUUGAGUUCAUGGAGAGCAAGGAGGUGUACAAAAGACAAGUGAUGUCUAUCACAUGUAUUGCCAUGGGGAUCAGCUUUCUAGGCACCCUUUGUAUGGCUCUCUACUGUCGGAACAAGAGGCGGAGAGAAAAGCUUCAGGCUCACUUGAAAGAAAACCGCAGCCAGAAAAACUACAACCUCAAUUCUUCCAGUCUGGUCGUCAAGCCCAGCCUUAGGCCUCAGUCCGGUCUGCAGCUGCAGAAGUAUUACAAACCCACAAGGUCUACCCCACUACACGGGGGCGCAGUUCGCGAGUCCAGCUUUGCUCAAAGCACUGCUGCUUCUACCAAUCCACAGUGCACGUCAACAGGAAAACAUCCCAGGAGCGGUUCCCUUUCUCACAAUCCAGACGAAAAGAGUCGCUCUGGUCUUCGGCCUGCACCUCGCAGAACACCGCCCGUAACUAGAGGAUGUCUCAAUGCCAUUGGUGGAUCAAGAGAUUCUGGUCCUGCCUACCAACAUCUACAGGAAGUAGACAGCUUAGAGAGAGAGUCAGUGAAAAGAAACAUUUCAGGCCCAGCUAAUGAUCUACAUCAGGAUUCCUUUUACAAUAUGCAAGCCUCACAGUCCUGUAAAUCAUGGAGCAGCCACUUAGACUACAGGUCUGCUAGGAGCCUCAGGUCAGGUCCCCCUAGCCAAAGUCCCGUGGCUCCAUACCGGCCGUGCUCCAUACCCAUCAUCCCCUCCGUCCACUCCUAUCAGGAUGAGGACUCCUGUAUGCAAACGGCACCAACUAACGGAAGCAGCCGCAGUUCAUCUCCCCCAGAAAGCACUCCGGAUGGCCCUGCUGUCAAUCAACGGGCCACCAUAACAAUUUCCAAUAGAGCGGCUGGUCAACAAGAGGAAGUGUCCUCUCUGCUAGAUGAGGCUCAAGUACAGCUCAAAGCACUAGCGUUCGCCCAGAGGAAGCAGGAGGACAUUGUUGGCUCCGUCCCUCAGGGGGCCAAGGAGACUGUGUGCAUCCUUUUAGCAAAUGGCGGGGGACAAGGGGGAGUGGCCUCUUUUGGUCCCACAGAGACUCAGUUAGUGAGCCCACGAGACACACACAAAGAUGCCACAAAGCUUGGCCAAUGAGAAGGUUUGGGAUGGUUCGAUAGGACAAACCACAAACAUCCCCAGUGUCUUGGGCAAGAAGCACCAGAGUGCUCUGCCAAAUUGGGAUGGAUCACCGAAUCUACCAUUCAAUUUCGGAGGACCUGCUCUGUUGUGCGUAUGGGAGACUGACAGCCUUGACACGUGAAAAGAUAAUUUAUUUAUAUGCAUUUAUUUAAGGAGAAACUUCUAUUAGAAAAAGAAAACCAAAUAGUCUGUCAUCUCCAUGGUGUUUUUAACUGUAUAAAAUAUACAUAAAUAUAUAUAAAUGGAUAUAAAUAUAUGAAUUCAAACCGAGUGACCUAGUACAAAAACUGUUUUUAUUGUAUCAGCUCCUCCACAUUUAAAGACUCGAUGCUUGGUGGUUCGAAAAAAGUACAUUUUAAAACGCAAACAAAAGGGAGUUGUUUUCCACUCACCACAUUUCCAGCCAAGCUAAUGUUGUCCAACACACAAUCUUGUGUUUUGCACCUGCAGUAGCUGUGUUUACUAUCACCAACCCAGUCACUGUCCUCUACCCUGCCAAGGAACAUGGCUCCAUCUGCCCUAAAAACAGAGCAAGCAGAUUACGAAUUACAAUCAGACAAAACUUCUAAAUGAACGUUGCAUCCAGGCAUGAGGUCGAGCACUGCCUCCAAGACAUGAAUUGCAAGAAAUCGGUGUGUCUGUCAGUUUGUGGAGCGAUCUGCUUUCUUUUCUGUUUUGUGCCUCAGUAAUGUUCAAUUAGGUUCAGAUAUGAGCAAAGAUAAACUAAGUGCACGGAGCACGUUGUAUUACGAACCACGUGCGAUGCACAAAACAUGGCCUCCCUCCCUGAAUGGAGAGCGGCGAGUCCUGCACAGGAUAACAGGGCGGGAUCGAGCAACACAAGGAGCAUCUGUGCUUUUUCUUUUGUUUUCAUGAAAUGAUCUGCUGCUUUCUGAGCGGAGGGAGCAUCCGGUCACAUUCGGUCAGUACGCUACCCGCGGACAUGCUAUUUCCGUGAAUUAACAACCAAAUGUGGUAAGAAAGAAGAAUUAACAAAUGAAUCUUUGGUGAAGCUGUUUGUUUGUUUACAAUGUUUGUUUGUUUGUUUGUUUGUUUGUUUGUUUUCGGACCCCCUAUUCACACAAUUGUGCAUGUUGGUGGUGUUUUUGCAGAGUCAAGCCAUGAAGACAGACAACUCUUGGGUUUGAUAACAUUUGAUAAAUCUGUCACACUUGUAUCUCGACGAUUCAAAUGCCCUUAGUGAUCUACAGACAAGCCACGCAAAGAGAAUAUGGAGAAGAAGACACGUUGUCUGCUUAUUUUAACCCAAAUCCUGGUAGAUCAAAUAUAAUAACAAAUGAAUGGUCUGCUAAGUUUUAUAGAUCAGUCUUAAUAGAUUUGGUCAAAGAUGUGGACUGUGAUGCUGUUUAUAUUUAUUUCUUUUUAUCUUUCUUUCUGAGUUGUUGUGCCACUUUCAAACAUCUUAAAGGGAUAGUUCACUCAAAAAUGAAAAUUCUGUCAUGUUUACUUACCCUCAGAUUGUUCCAACCCUGUAUACAUUUAUUUGUAAUGAUGAACACAGGGUGAUAUUUGGAAGAAUGUCUGUAACUAAACAGAUCCCAUCCCCCACUGGCUCCCAUGUCCCACCCUGACAUUCUUCCUUUGUAUUCAGCAGAACAAAUUAAUUUAUGCAGAUUUGGAACAGUCUGGGAUUUGAGUAAAUGAUGACAGAAUUUUCAUUUUUGGGUGAACUAUCCCUUUAAGACUCCCACAAUUAGUUUGCCGUCAUAGAAAUCUAUAUUUGUCUUCAUCCUCCAUCCAAAAGGUUGUGUCCACCACCAGUCCUAACCUGAGACCAGGUGAAGUAAAGGUGAGCCUUUGGUAGAUAUCGCUGUGAAUGCAGAAUGAAUAGAAUCUUGCUUGAUCUUUUUAGACUUGUUCCCAGACAGAAGCAAUGACCUCAUCAGUUAACAGCUGCUUGAACAGCAUGUCUGUCAAGCUUUACUAUACUCAACCACUACCCAUUAUUUUGGAAAAAAGUCCUUUUUUAAGUCCAUUUUAAAUCUGCCACAUCUGAACUGAUCUAUAAACUGCAGACUCAUUCAUAUCCAGGUAUUGGCACCAGAUAUAUAAACUGUUCACCAAUCUGUUUAGCUACUGAUGUGUCCAUUUUAAAUUGAAACGAUGUGAAAAACAAUUUAUUUAAGCUGGACCAUGCUUUGUACACUAGUGCUUAAGUGUAUUAAAAUAUGUUUUGCACAGUAAAUACAAUGUAUGGUACUUUAUGCUGUCAUUUUGACAUGUAAGGUAUAUGAACUUGAUGAAAUAUUUAGUGAAGACGGUACAUUGAAGGCACAUUUUUUCAAGUCAAGUCUCCACAGUCUGCACAAUAGGCAACUAUAAAAAGGUGUUACGAGUACAACUGGAUCUCUUCAUGGUUCUGUAUAACAGCCCCUCUUGACAUGAACUUUAAUGUGCAAUUUCAAAAUCGAGAAAUGACAUUUCUGUUCAUUCUUGUAUGUAAGAAAUUGCAUUGUUGCCCUUUCAAUUGAAAUAGUUUUUCUUUUCAUUUAAAUCUUUUUUUUAUUUUUUCAAUAAAGAUGAAUC